AUGUUACCGUAUGUCACUCAUAAAGCGGGAAUGGAUGGUGUCGACAAGAACAAAGUUAAUGAAGUCAUCGCCAGACAUACUUCAGGGAAAUAUCAGAGGUUCCAAAAACAAAAAGAGAGGGGAAUGGAAGAGAAAUUAAACGAAAUGAAGAAGAAGUUGGAAGAUCUGAGACCUGAAGAGAUUGAAAGAUCGAAAAGAAAUGUUGGGUUAACUGAAAUCUUUUUACAAUUACAGUUUAGACCGAGAAGAUCUUGGAUGAGUUGAGAUCGAGACGAGACCUGACCAGACUCUUCGUUCACGUUGACAUGGACGCUUUCUUUGCCAAUGUUGAGAUGAGAGAUGAUCCCACCCUCAGGGCUGUCCCUAUGGCUGUAGGAGGAAGCUCGAUGCUGGUGAGUGUAAUUUGGAUUUGUCAUCUGUAUAGAGCACCGCCAAUUAUCUCGCCAGAAAAAGUGGCGUCCGAUCAGCUAUGCCUGGAUUUAUUGCCAAAGAAUUGUGUCCAUCUUUGGUUAUUGUUCCUGUAAAUUAUAACAAAUAUCAGGAAGUGAGUAAAGAAGUUAAGCGUGUCCUCAGAGAAUACGAUAGUGCAAUGUGUUCGUUGGGAUUGGACGAAGCCAGUCUCGAAAUGACCGAAUUUAUGAAUAAUCGGAAGGAACGAAAAGAAUGGAUAUUCAAACAAUACAGUGGAGAAUGUGAAUGUAGAUUGCCAAGGCAAAGGGAAGAUCUGAUGGCGAUGAGUAGAGAUAUUCACGAAGAGAAAGAGAUGUGUGAGAAAUGCAGCAAAGAACGGAUAGUGAUUUCUUCUACAGUUUCAUUUGGAUCGAGUCUUGAAGAAGUGAUAAGGGAGAUGAGAUUGCGAGUAGAACAACAUACAGGACUUACUUGCAGUGCUGGUAAGUCCAAGACCUCUUCAUUAUUAUUGUUUAGGCAUUGCUUGCAAUUACAAAUUGGCCAAGAUUUGCUCCGAUCUCAAUAAACCCAAUGGACAGUACCUUAUGGAGUCGAGGGCAGAAGUGGUAGAAGCUUUUGUAAACAAACUUGGAGUGAGAAAGGUAACAAAAAGUAGAUUUAAUGCAAGAGUUCAGGUUCCCGGAAUAGGUCCCACAACUGAAUAUCUCUUGAAAGGAUUGGGGAUCAAUGUUUGUAAAGAUUUAUGUGAUCGAUCAGAGAUAAUCCCCUUCUUAUUCCAACCAGCUACAGCCUCAUUUCUUCUUCGAUGUGCGGUCGGAGUAUUUGGGGAUGAAGAUGAAGAGGAUGAUACUAGUGGUAAGAACUUGUGAUUAGGAUUACAAAAGAUUUCAGAAGGCCGAAAGAGUAUGAGUGAAGAGAGGACAUUCCAAUCAUCUGCGGAUCAGACAUUUCUCUUGUGUAAAUUGGAAGAAUUAUGCGAAAAUUUGAUGGAAGCAGUGUUGAGGCAUUACAAAGGAUGUCACAAUGUUGGUGUGAUUAUGAAGUAUGAUGACUUUGAAAGGAUUUCUCGACAGAAAACAGUAGAAGGAACAGUUGACACGGUUGAUCUCUUCAGACGGCUAGUGAAAGAUUUGUUUCUCAAAAAUUGGGAUAAAAAUCGAAAAGUAUGUCCCAAAUUUUCGGGGAGACGACAGUUCGGGUCAACACAAAAUCGGGAAGUUAUGGGUGGCGCAUACAUGAAUCCAAAAAUGGAAUCCAAUUAUAUUAAGCCUUCACCCGAAAAUUCCCCCACCCCAAAAAUCCAUAGAAUAUGCGCCACCCGACUUUGCGAUCACCCGAAAGGGCUCACCCGAACAUGCACCAGCCGGCUCUGCGUCACCCAUAAAUUCAGUCACUUGGCGAAGACUUAUAAUACAAUGUGACCACUUUUUUUAAUUUUGGCUUUUGCUAACCUUCGUUUUUCAUCAGAAACGCGAUUUCUUGUCUGUUAGGCCUCUAGACAAGAAACGCGUAAUCCUUGUCAGGUAACAUUGCGCAAUAUUGCGCAAAUUUCUUCUCUCUCCCUGUGGAGAUUUUUUCUUUUUUUCUCUGCUUUAAAGGCCUAACAGACAAGAAAUCGCGGUUUCUGGCCACGACACCCGAUUUGAUGCGUAUGUCACCAUCUUUAUAUUAUUGGAGUAAUACAUGUAACCUACAUCAAAAUAGGUGAUAAUAUCCUAGGACCUGAUAAAUCUUAUUAUUUCAUACAACGAAGAAUCGAGGGGACUCAAAGUAUCGUCGACCCGAACUGUCGUUGACCCGGAUAAGUCGUAGCGCCGUUUUGUAAUAUUACGUCAUUAAUUACAGAUUCGUUUGCUUGGAGCAAGAUGCUCAAAUUUUGUGGAUUCGUCUGACAAUCGACAAGGCACUCUGACUCAAUAUUUACAGAAACCCUCGCUCUCUUACGACGAAGAUAUCGAAGUUCUUACAGGUAAACUCCCACGUAUGAAUGACCUAAUGCAUACUUUAUUUGUAGUUGUAAAAUCCAAAGAUCAGCUAUCCCGCAAGGAACCACGUGAUUCUAGCAAUAAGUCAGCCAAACCAAGAAAAUUUAAGGCAGAACCUAAGGCAAAGAAACGACCCGCCAAAACAACCAUCGAUAGUUUCUUCAAACGUCAACGGCCCAAUCUUUCAUCGGCUGAUGACGUCGUCGUACUAGACUAA